CCAUCAACUUGUCCAUUUCUUCCAUCCUUUCGCCAACAAGAAACGCUCAGCACUUAGUAAUCUACGUCCUUCGAUCCAGAUCUCUCUCAGUGUCUCUAAUGGCUUCCAUCAUGCGAUCUUCCAUGUCUCUCGCUGCUCUUUCCAAUCAAACUCUGGUCUCUGGCACCAGGACCUCCAACCCAAGUUCAGUUUCCCUUUCAAUUAACGGGAGAAAUUUCCCAUCCAUUACAUUGCAGCCCAGAGGACGUCGGUUUCAAUUUAGAUGCGCGGCAAAACCAGAGACAGUGCAGAAGGUGUGUGACAUAGUCAAGAAGCAAUUAGCGCUGUCAGAGGAUUCAACUGUUACAGGAGAGUCUAAAUUUGCUGCACUUGGAGCUGAUUCUCUUGACACGGUUGAGAUUGUGAUGGGACUCGAGGAGGAAUUUGGUAUCACUGUGGAAGAAGACAGUGCCCAGAGCAUCACCACCGUUCAAGAUGCUGCUGAAAUGAUUGAUAAGCUUCUUGAAAAGCAAGCUUAAACUAGAAAAGAAGACAUGAGUAUCCUAUUGGAAUUUUUGCUAUUUUGAUUGAAGGGGUUUAUAUGUUUUGGUUUUUAUCGACUGCAUUAGAAUUUGAUUGUUCUUCAAGUAACUGCAACUUCUUUUCUGGACUGCAUAGAAACUUCUCUAAUAAUAGUUUCAGUUUUA